AUGUGGGUUCCGCUUUACGAAGUAUUGGAUCAAAAUAUUCCAAAUUGGAGAAAUCUCUCGAUAAGAGAGAUAAACUCCAUAAUGAGAGGAUGGGGUCAGGUAAGAGUUCUACUGACCACCAACAACCGCAAAUACAGAGGAGUAUUGAAGCUGUGGGAAAUGAGCUCUGAAACCAUUUUUGGCAGAGGCCAAACAAUUCAAGACGAUCUUGAAAAUCGAGGAUUCCUGGUCUGCUACCCACGCGAUAGAGUCACCUAUAUGGAAGGAAUGGGAGCUUUCCCUAUUCAAUUCAUCAAAAUUCAACAAUAA